AUGUCGACAAGGUCCCCGCCUCAGGCUGACCCAUGGUCUAGUCAGCGGCUGCACUACCGUGCUAUCCGUCCAAGCGACAUAUCUGUCUUCCACGCCAUAAGCGCUGACCACUCCGGUUUCGCAAACAGUAAUUUUAAUAAUAUCAAAUUGCCUAGCACUUCAGAUUCGGAAUCGUUCAUGAAAGGGCUACUCGACGACUGCCUCCUGGGUGCCAUCAUCUGGCUGCCCCACACAACGGAAACUACCCUUAUGAAUGACGAGGACCGAUCGAAAGACUUUGCGCAACGAAGGAAGAAUGGAGAAGUGGUUGACGAACAACUUGGUACUGCCGUCGGUGAGCUUCAUAUGCAUGCGCUGCCGAUGCACAAACAACAUCACCGGAACACUGAGAUUGGACUUGAUAUCCUUCCGCUAUACCAGGGCAAGGGUUAUGGUUCUGAAGCCAUCAAUUGGGCGCUUAACUAUGCCUUCAAACGUGCAGGUCUGCACCGAGUCAAAGUUCGAGCUUUCACCUACAACGAAGGUGCUGUACGGUUGUAUGAGAAGUUGGGAUUUGUGCUUGAAGGGAGGGAGAGAGAGAGCGUGUGGUAUGAGGGACAGUGGUGGGAUGUGGUAAUCUUUGGUAUGCUAGAGAGAGAAUGGCAGAGACUCAGCAGCUGA